AAAAAUCCCAGGGAAUGUUCCGCUUACGCCAGAAAUGAUUUUAAUAUAGUUGAUGCAGAUGCAACGUGGGUGGAUGAUGGAGAAACGGGGGCCCACGGGGAAAAACACCCACACCAACACCGAGUAGCCACCCAAAGUACCGGCAUCUUGAAGAAUCAUGGCUGUUACUAUUUUUCAGAGGAAGAAGGACCUUGGGUACCUGGUCUUUUUCGUCAUACAUCUGCCGGUCAUGCUGGCAUUCGAUCUAACAGGCUUCUACCCCCUCUCCAUCAAACCCACGUGGAUGACCACUGUCCGCGAAUGGUACGUCGCCACUUACGGUGAUCGCUUCUUCUACGCCACUCCAACCUGGUUCUCCGUCGUCACUUUCCUCGAGCUAAUCUACCAUCUCCCCGUCACGCUCUGGGCUAUUCCCGCUUUGCUGCGCAAUGACCCGCGUGUACCUCUGGUGCUGCUGGUUUUUGCGCUCGAAACGAGUAUAACAACGCUGGUGUGCGUUUCCGAGAUGCUGAGCUGGGAGGAGUUGACUCCUGCGCAGAGGGGGCUGCAGGGGUUGGGCGGUAUGUAUGGCGGGUACUUGGUUGCUGGUAUUUUCAUGAUGCUGGAUUGCUAUGCGAGGUUGGAUCAGAUGAUUGCGAGACAGCACAAGGGGUUGGAGCCUGUGACUAAGAAGAAGCUGUGAGCUUUAUAGUCAUAUAUUGUGUCAAGGAUACGUAUGCAUUGUACGAAGCAUACGGCGGGGUACUUACGAGCAUGCUUAGGCUCUAAGUUACUUAUCUUGUCUUGCAAGAGAUAUUGGAAUAACUCGGUAUUGAUGCUAGGAAAUGACUACACACGUCAAGCCUUGUGGCUUGCAAGUGGAUAAAACUGCGACACCUAAUAUGGAAAAGAAGAGUAUACACAACAAAUCACUGUUCAAGAAAUUAACGACAUUUCGGUACAUUUUACAAUCUGACAUUGUCCCUACGCCGUGUUCCACACAAGCAUUCCAGAGAACGCAAUGUCAUCUUCAACUCUAACACCAAUACGAGAACCUUGCAACGUAUAAUCCAACCCUAAACGCCAUAACACACGAAACGCCGUUUUAAUAACAAAAGAUAGAAACAGUAAGACGUAACCCAGAAUCCAGA